GACAUUGUGCCAAACUAAUAAAGAAUUUAAUUUCUUCGUUGAUCAUGAUGUUCUAGCCUGUGAAGUAGGCACGUUUGGAGACAGGUGUACGGGAGGACCCUGUGUCUAUGGAUACUAUGGAUUUGGUUGUCAGAGUAAAUGUAACUGUACGUCCGACCAGUACUGUGACAGGAAGACAGGAUGUUUUCAUAAUUCUACAAAAGACCCAGGGAGUGCAGUAUUUGAGGAAAAGUCAUAUAGUAGUACAAUUAUUACCGUUAUAAUAACGGCGGCUAUUCUUAGUGUAAUUUCCAUACUAGCUGCCAUUGUCUUCCUUUAUAAUAAAAAAUUAGAGUUUAUACGCCAGUUUUUGACAAGACGGGAGACAACCCGGCCUGAAAACGCAGAUUCAGUGAGAGGGCAAGAGGAUUACUCUCAAUGGACUAGGAACUCAAACAGUUACAACAUGCUUAGCACCAGAAGAUUCAAUGUAGACUCCAAAAUGAACGCAAUAGACGAGGUAGGCGUCUACCAUCAUGUUGACGAAGGAAUAUUCAACCGCCAUAGUACGUCUCAGGACAAGUACGAUGCCAUAGUUCUCAGCAAGAUCCCUGUGAUGCAUAUGUCUGCAAUUGAUGACAAUAAGGAAAAUGUUCAUGGUAAAAGGAACAAUGUUUCUAAUAACACAAGUGGUAUAUCAAGAGAAUGUUAUUCACUUGCUUUCAAUUCGGAUAAUUCAUCAGAAUCUGCAAGGGAGAAUACGAAAUGCACUUGAAAUGCAAACAGGAAGACUUAAAAAAGAAAAGCAUGAUCAUGUUAUCUUGGUGCGAAUUUAAGUGUUUCAUAUUAUGUUUUCAUUGAAGUGCUUCCUUAACCACAGCUGUUAUAAAUUACGCACCUAUAUCUUAAGAAAUUUAAUUAUCUCUCUCACACACACACGUCUGUGAUGCAUAUAGGUACAGUCCCUAUUUACCAAUCUCUCUUUUUCUUUUUCUUCACAAAAUCCCAGAUCAAGCAAUCCCAGUCACGUGCUGUUUAGCGCGAAUGGACGAGUCGUAUGUCUCGAUGGUUCCCUAUUCCUUCUGAAUUAAAAGUAGAAGAACGCUAAAAUAAAUCCAUUUUC